AUGAAGGGCAUCCUGAAGUUUGGUGGCGCGGUCGCGCUUUCGUGCCUGGCUGUUGAGUCUGCGGCGAGAGCCGUUGCUUUUCAACCUGAUCAAUGGAUUGCUCCAUACAAGAGGGAAGCUCUACAGGAUAUUGUGACCUGGGAUAAGGACUCAAUCUUCGUGAAUGGCGAGCGCAUCUUCCUUUAUUCUGGUGAGGUGCACCCCUACCGUUUACCUGUACCGGAUCUUUACCUCGAUCUCUUCCAGAAGAUCAAGGCACUCGGCUACAACGGUGUCUCCUUUUACGUGGACUGGGCUCUGCUCGAGGGCAAGCCCGGUGAAUACCGCGAAGAAGGUGUCUUCGACCUUCAGCCGUUCUUCGAUGCUGCCAAAGAGGCCGGCAUCUAUCUGAUUGCUCGACCUGGUCCGUACAUCAAUGCUGAAUCAUCAGGUGGAGGUUUCCCAGGAUGGAUCCAGAGGGUCAAUGGCACUCUGAGAACGAGGGCCCCGGACUUCCUUGCAGCAACGGACAACUACAUGAAGAACGUCGGCGCAAAGAUUGCUUCAGCGCAGAUCACGAACGGCGGACCGAUCAUUCUUGUGCAGCCCGAGAAUGAGUACACUCAGGCCACAUCAGCAAUCAAACCCUUCCCGGACCCUGAGUACUUCCAGUACGUGGAGGACCAGCUUCGCGACGCCGGCAUCGUUGUCCCUCUUAUCAGCAACGACGCUUCGCCUAAGGGUUACAACGCACCAAUCGAGACCGCACCUGGCUACCCAGCAGUUGUUGACAUCUAUGGCCACGACGGCUACCCACUUGGCUUCGAUUGCGCCAAUCCAACCGUCUGGCCGAACAAUGCCCUACCCACGAACUGGCACCAGCUGCACCUGCAGCAGAGCCCUAAUACACCAUACUCUAUCGUUGAGUUUCAGGCUGGUAGUUUCGAUCCUUGGGGUGGACCAGGCUUCGACAAGUGCGGUGUCCUUGUCAACGCUGAGUUCGAACGUGUCUUCUACAAGAAUUUGUACAGCUUCGGCGUUACCAUUCUGAACUUGUACAUGACCUACGGCGGAACGAACUGGGGCAACCUUGGACACCCCGGCGGCUACACUUCCUACGACUACGCUGCUGUCAUCCGCGAGGAUCGCCGAGUGGACCGCGAGAAGUACUCCGAACAGAAGUUGCAAGCCAACUUCUUCAAGGUCAGCCCCGCGUACUUGACUGCAGCUCGAGGAAACGCUUCCAACACUACCUGGACCAACACCCAGGCGUUGACUGUCACACCUGCUGUCAGUAACACCACCAGCUUCUACUUUGUCCGCCACUCGAAGUACAACACUCUCGACUCGACCUCCUACAAGCUCAACAUACCCACUACUGCUUUCGGCAACAUUACCGUUCCACAAGUGAACGGUACUUCGCUCACCCUCAACGGACGCGAUUCCAAGAUCCAUGUCAGCAACUACGACAUCGGUGGUGCUACACUUGUUUACUCGACUGCCGAAAUCUUCACAUGGCACAAGUACGACGACAAGACAGUGCUCGUUGUGUACGGAGGCCCUGGUGAGACUCAUGAGCUGGCUCUUGCCGUGACUGGCUUGGAGGUGCUCGAAGGCGAUGUCAAGAGCAUUACCACACGAGGCUACACUGUUUUGAACUUCAAUGUUGAUGGUGGAAGGAAAAUCGCCAAAGUCGGUGUGGAGAGCAACUUCAUCUACGUUUACAUCGUCGACCGCAACGAAGCGUACAACUACUGGACUGUCGACCAAGCGCCUCAUGACUCCUCGAGCGCAGUCAUCCUUAAGGCUGGCUACUUGACCCGCACGGCCAAGGUGAACGGCGACACACUGGCUGUCACUGGCGACCUUAACGCCACCACACCCAUCGAGGUCAUUGGUGCACCUUCCUCGGUCACUACACUUACCUUCAAUGGCAAGGACGUUAGUGUCCAAGUUUCGAAGGCAGGCGCCAUGACCGGCACCGUCGAGCUGCCAAAGGCCGACAUCAGCGUUCCCAAGCUCAACGAGCUCGAGUGGAAGUACAUCGACACACUGCCUGAGAUCCAGGCCGACUAUGACGACAGCAAGUGGAAGGUCGCAGACCUGAAGAAGACAUACAACUCUUUGCGACCUCUCACCACUCCAGUCUCCCUGUACAGCUCCGACUACGGCUUCCAUACCGGUACCCUGCUGUACCGCGGUACUUUCAAGGCCACCGGUAACGAGACAACCUUCUACGCCUGGACUCAGGGUGGCUCUGCCUUCGGCUCCACCAUCUGGAUCGACGACCAAUUCCUCGGAUCAUGGCGCGGCUACGACGCCGCUACCAACGGCAACUCCACCGUCACCCUGCCUAACUUGACCGCUGGUAAGGAGUACACUAUCACCGUCGUCAUCGACAAUCAAGGUCUUGACCAGACCUGGACCAUUGGCACAGAAACCGGCAAGAACCCCCGCGGUAUCCUGAACUAUAACCUCGCAGGCCACAGCCAGUCCGACGUCUCCUGGAAGCUCACCGGCAACCUCGGUGGCGAGGAUUACGUCGACAUCUCGCGUGGUCCGCUCAAUGAGGGUGGUCUGUUCGCCGAACGCAGUGGUCUGCACCAGCCUGGUGCUCUGUCCGCCGAUGUCGGCUGGAAGGCCAGCAAGGGCCCUGUCACGGACGGUAUCGCUGCUCCUGGUAUCGGUUUCUUCGCAACCGAGUUUGAUCUCAACCUGCCUACUGGCUGGGACAUUCCUGUCAGCUUUACGUUCACCAAUGGCACGAGCAGUAACAGCACCGGUGCUGGGUCGAGCGUCGCGGCAUACAGAGUACAGCUGUAUGUCAACGGAUGGCAGUAUGGCAAGUACGUCAGCAAUGUUGGUCCUCAGACCAACUUCCCUGUGCCUGAAGGUAUCUUGAAUUACCGCGGCACCAACUACCUCGCGGUCUCCUUGUGGGGUCUCGAUGCUGGCGCGACAAAAAUUGCAGGUUUGGAACUUGCUGUCGAUGGUGAGGUCUGGGGUGGAUUGGAAGUAGGCGUUGUUGAGGGGCAGAAGUAUGAGGCUAGAGAAGGCGCGUACUAA